AUGGGAGCGUCGGACCGAACAGCUGUCUUGAAAAGUGUGUCCAAAGAAAAAGUACUGGCCUGGGCAACAGACCGGGGAGAGCUGAAAGAUAUCAGGGUCCUGCUCUCCAGUCUGCAGGAGGUCAGCUCACUGUGGUCCGACCGUGUUGAUCUGGGACGACUAAUGACUGACGCGGAUGUAAAAAGAAAUUACCGGAAAGCUAUUCUAAUAUUCCACCCGGACAAGGCCGCAACACACAUGCCCGAACACCAAGAAAUAUUCCACUUCCUUCACAAAGCGUAUGAGGUAUAUUCACGGAAAAACUAG